UUUAGUACCGGUAGUUUCGCUAUUUCUAUGCCUAUAUUGAUUAAGACAAGAAGCGAGAUAAUUAUUAGGUGAUCGAACUUGUAUUUCGGAAAUAUCUGAAAUUUUCAUCUGUUUUUUCGCAAGCAAUUUAUGAUAUCGGAAGUGUUCCGCGAAUCAAUAGAGGUCGAAAAUUGCUACAGUUAAGAAUAUAUAACUGGUGUACUGCCAGACCAUCAUAUUAAAAUAAGCUGUCUUAUCAUUAUAAAUCUUGUUUUACAGGCCAUAAGUUUUUUAAGUUUUGCGCAUAGCCUUUAUUAGUCCUGUGAUACAUAUAAGACAUUCUUUAUAUUCAACCAUGUCAUGGCUUUCUGGAACUGAAUAUAUAGACUCGCUUGUAAAAGACUACUUAAAGUUUCGAGGAUUCAACAGCACUGUCAAAGUGUUGGAGAGUGAUUUAAAAUCGGAUAAAGACAAAGGAUUUCGAGUAGAUAAAAUAUUACAGCAAUUGUUGCUGUAUAUCAGCACAUAUGACAUUGUUGCAUUGAAACAAUACUGGAAUCAUUUGAAUUCUACAUUUUUUUGUCGUUUUGUUAAAGGUUACGAAAAUACAAUUAAACGUUUUGAGACAAGCUUGUAUCGCCUGUAUGUUGUCCGUGCAUAUCAGAAUUCGAAACAAAGGGAGUUGCAAAUUUUUUUCCAGUGGAUGACCUCAGACUUUGAGGAUACCACAGAAUGGAAAGAUUGGUACAUUUUACCCUAUCUACAAUCUCCAGAAACCAAUCCCACUUUUGCUCCCUAUUUUACCAGACAGUGGGCAGAGACAUAUCUUGUAUCUCUACAUAAUUUACUAGCAUCUCUAUUCUCUUGCAUGCCAGUCCCAGAGCUUGUUAAUGCAUGCAUAGAUGAUGGCGAACGUAUUCUUAAAUUGGAAAAAGAAAACGAAAUGCUUAGACGGAAAGAAGUUAAUAAUGAAUUCAAUUUUAAAUCAUUGGAAGGUAUUGAUCCUCCUCGAUAUGUUGAAUCAAUGGGAAAUUUAGGCUCAUUGGCCAACCAGACUCAAGCUAGAAACCAGUCAAAGAAACGCCCAAUAUUUGAAUGGACAACAACUACUGUGGCGAGUUCACAACCAUCCAUUGUACCAACAGAGGAAGCAAGUAUUGGUGCAGUAAUCUCAAUAGACAAGCAUCAGAAAAUUGGUAUUGAUGAACAACAGCAAAUCAGUGUUAGUCCAUCUAAUAAUGUUGAAAUAUCCUAUGAAAGCAAUAUCGUUCUGAAACAAACAUCAUUGGAAAAGGAGAUGAAGAAUAGUGGAUUUAGCAAUACCGCUGUUAAUGAUGUUGUAUCAUCGCACCAUUUUGUAAACAAUCUUCAUAAGCUUUCUCUUGGAGAACCUUCACAAACUGAGAAACGUAGCUUGGAUACUUCUAAUAUUUUAGUAUUCUACAAUGCAAAUUUGAAUGAAAAUGGUACAACAGUAGGAAGCCUUGAUGCACAGGGAGUUGUUAAAGUAUGGAAAAACUCUCCCAGAAUCAGCACAUUGGCUUCGGUAAUGAUGAACAGUCCAAUUCGAUGUUUGGAAUGGUGUAAGAAACCUGUUGAUAUAUUGUUAUUAGGAACUGUGAAUGGUACUAUACGAUUGUUCGAUACAAUAAGAAGUGUAACUUGUGAAGAUGUUACAAUAGAGGAUUCCCAAAUCUAUAUUACUAAUCUUAGAUCUCACCCUUCUGGGACCUCAUUUAUCACAUCCUCUGCAGUGUCACCAGUGCCAGAACAAAGGCUUGGCAAUGGUAUAUUGACAGUUUGGGAUAUAAAAUCGAGCCGUGUUCAGAUGUCACACAGAAUUAUUAAAGAUCGCUUGAGUGAAAUUACAUGCAUAGAAUAUAAUCAUAACGGAAAUUUAUUGAUAGCUGGAGAUUCUAUUGGUAAUAUUGCUCUUUAUGAUAUGAAGACAUUUACUGUGAUUCAUUUAUGGAAUGCCCACCGAGGGAGAGUUUGUUCAUUGCAAUUUUCUCAUGAUGAAACUCUUGUGUAUAGUGUUGGUUCAGAUGCUUUAUUACUAGCUUGGAGUUUAAAUCAGUUUUCGAAUCAACCGACUAUAUUUCAUUUUGCUGAUCGUAAUAAGUUGAAUCAGAAAGACUCCUCGUUCGUUCUUGAUCCCGAGGGCAAAAAUCUUUUGAUGCCUCAAGGAGCCAAAGGUGUAAUAUAUAAAAUAGAAAAUGCCACAGAAACAUUAGCACCAGUUUUAACUCUACCUGAACAUAAAUCUCCUGUUACCGCUGUGGACUGGACUGCAACCAAUGCAUGUGGACACUGCUUGACAGGUUCAAGUGAUGGCAAAAUACAAAUGGCAACCCUGCUUGUACAAAAUUAAAAUUAUACUUGCUGGUCAUUCCAAAUCAAUAUUUUACAAAUAAAAUAGACUAUUAUUGAUCUUAAAAAAACAUUGCGUCUCGUUUAAUUUUUCAAAUCAUGUUUGCAAUUAUUGAAAAAAUUUGUUAAUUUCUAUGAUUCCUCUUUUGAUGAUUUGAGUACUAUACCCAGACCCAGAACUAAUUUUGUGUCCGUACUUAUAGAUAAUUGCUUAAUAAGGAAAGUUAAGCAAAAUACCAAAUUUUUUUCUUGCAUUUUUGCGUAUUGAAUGAAAACUCUUUUUGUCGUAGUUGCUGCUAUACUGUGUUAUCAUUAAUUUCUCUCACUCAGGGCAUUUCUUUAUUGCUCCACCUCAUCCAUUUUUGUACUUACAGCUUAAUCACAUGGUGUACCAUGGCCUCUCAUCCGGUUACAAGUCCAUGUUGGGUAGGGGAUUAGUUAGCCAGUCAUUUUGUUUUAGAUGCAUGGACUUUUGAUGGUGGAGGAAGCUGUAACGAACCAGUGGCAAAUUUAUUAUGAAGUUGUGAUAAAUGUGUAUUUGGUAUAUUGUCAUGGUAUUACUCGUGUAACUGUAAUCAACUUCUGCUGGCCAGCAUUAUUUAAACUAUUAUUCAGAUGUGGUUAAUAAUAACCAGACCUGGAGUCGAAGCCUGGGGCAGUGACAUUUUGAUGGAGACUUAUCUGGAGCUCCCCAGUAACGCCAGACGCCCUGUAAUAACAUCAAAUUUUUUCAGGUUUCCUAUUAGAUCAUUUCAGGUCACUUUUUAAUAGAUCUAAAGUAUUUUUUAUAUGAGAAAUAAUAUUCAAGUCAAUUCUACCUACCAAUGUUUUUCACAGUAGAUAUUUAUUUCAAAACAAGCUUGGUUUUCCAUAACUACGGUAUUUGACAGAUUUUGUUUCAGUCAUGAUAUUUGAAGCAUGCGUCUAUUCUAUCCUCACUAUCUUUUCUUCAGUCAUUUUUCACUAUGUGGAAUAUCAUUUUUAACAAUAAUAUAGUAGCCUAUUAACACUAUCUUAGGUCUACAUUUAUUGAUAUACAGAUAUCGCUAUUGAUUGGUAUCCUAUGCACACUUAUUUACUUGUGUUAUUGUCUCAUCACUGAUAUUUUUCUAGUAAAUUUACAGAUUUAUAAUAAGCUCUGUUGAGAUUUUCAAAAAUAUGGGAAAGAUUAUUGUGUUAUUUUCAUGAAAAAAAAAGAUGAGUGUGAUCAAGUUUGGUCACAUACUGUGAAAGGAAUAAUAGAAGAAUAUCAUGAGCUUAUGUUUGAUGCAUUAAAAACCAAAAAGAUUAAUAAAGAGAAUCUAAAAUUAUGAUUGGACCUGAUGGUACUUGACUUAGCAUGUGUAUCGAUUUCAUCAAGGACAAAAUUACCUUUUGGUCUUAGUAUCUGAGGCCGUUGGUAACAUGCUUAGUUUCUGUUAAAUGGAUUUGAGGUACUAACAACCGCAACUUAUAUUGCAGUCAUCGGCAACAUGCUCACAUUAUUUUAGAAAAUAUGCCCUUGUUUUGUUUAAAAAUAUAUUAUUCAACCACAC